AAAAGUUUCCACCCUCUGGCCUUUCAUGGCUACUCUGGUCAUGAAGCUCAUGAGCAUUUUUUUAUCUACUGUUUUUCUCACUAUUGUGAACUCGGAACCACCGUGCCGGAAUUUCAAAUCGAUCAUUAGUUUCGGCGAUUCUAUUGCCGACACCGGAAACUUGCUCGGCCUCUCGGAUCCUAACAAUCUCCCUCAGGCUGCGUUUCUACCGUACGGAGAAACCUUCUUCCACCAUCCGACCGGCCGUUUCUCAAACGGCCGCCUCAUCAUCGAUUUCAUUGCUGAAUUCUUGGGUUUUCCGCUUGUGCCUCCUUUUUACGGAUCUCAAAAUGCAAACUUUGAGAAGGGAGUUAAUUUCGCGGUUGGGGGAGCAACGGCACUGGAACGUUCCUUUCUUGAAGAGAGAGGAAUUCAUUUUCCUUACACCAACGUUAGUUUAGCCGUUCAGCUUCAGAGCUUCAAGGAGAGUUUAUCUAGCUUAUGUGGCUCUCCUUCAGACUGCAGAGAUAUGAUAGAAAAUGCUUUGAUUCUCAUGGGAGAAAUUGGAGGGAAUGACUAUAAUUACGCAUUCUUCGCGGGGAAAAACAUUGAAGAGAUCAAAGAGCUGGUUCCACUUGUUAUUGGAACCAUCUCUUCUGCGAUCACGGAGUUGAUCGGUAUGGGGGAAAAAACAUUUCUGGUGCCCGGGGAGUUCCCGCUCGGAUGCUCAGUAGUCUAUUUAAAAUUAUACCGAACACCAAACGUGGAGGAAUACGAUCCUCUAACAGGAUGUUUGAAAUGGCUGAACAAGUUUGCAGAAUACCACGACGAGCAGCUUCAAGCAGAACUCAAAAGACUUCAGAAGUUGUACCCUCAUGUCAACAUCAUAUACGCUGACUACUACAACGCGCUGUUGCAACUUUCUCAAGAACCAGCCAAAUUCGGGUUCAUAAGCAGACCCUUGCCCGCUUGCUGCGAUUUAGGAGGACCGUUUAACUUCACCUUAGGUAGGAAACGUGGGACUCAAGUACCUGAAUGUUGUGACGAUCCUUCAAAGUAUGUGAGUUGGGACGGUAUUCAUAUGACUGAGGCUGCCUACAGAUUGAUGGCUGAGGGUAUACUAAAGGGUCCUUAUGCGAUUCCUCCUUUCGAUUGGUCUUGUCUCAGCUCUGAAAUUAAGAACAAUGGAUCAUCUGACACACAUAAUUCUUUGAUGAACAACUGAGAUAAGUUGGUCAAAAAAUUGAGACAAGGAUACUGAUAAUAUAACAUGUUCCUCAGU